CUGGGAGCAUAAACCCCUGUGGCCUGUCUGGUUUGGGAGACGGGCCGUGUAUGCUGAUGCGCUUCUCUGUAUUGACUUGCUUUUGCAAACAACCACCGCAGAGUCGCUGGAGCUUCGCCAUCACCCUCUCUCUGUUGAGAUAUCUUCUCCACCCACCGCCACCGCCACCGCCUUCAGACCUCCACCACCAGCUCCUCGUCCUAGAUCUCGAGAUACCAUGAAGGAUCCAGGCGAUGGGGUGGCGGCGGAGCGGGAGUUGCCGGUGAGCCAGAAGGCGAUCAAGGUGCUCAGCAAUGUAUGCUUCUCCGCCUUUGUCCUCUUCGUCCUCGUAUUCACCGUCGUCGCCAUCACCUACCAGCCCCCUGACCCGUGGUUCGACUCCCCCAAAGCAAUUAUCUCCAAAUCCCUGGCCGCUACUCUCCCCAACGCCACCUUCCGCACCGACGACUCCGUCCUCCGUACGGGCGAAGACCUUGCGUCCUCCCCCUCCCCCUCCCCCAACGACGGCGACACCUUAUCCGAUGCUUCUGACAACGCUGCCGAUAGCUUCGAUAUCGCCACCGCCUCUCCCGACACUACCGACAACGCUUCCGCCGCUGAUGCCGACGAUAACGUCGCCUCCGUUCUCCUCCCUAAGCUUCCGCCAUCCUCUGCCGACUGUGACUCCGACGCCCCGAUCAAUUGCUCCGACCCGCGUGCCCUCUCUGCCAUCCGACGGUUCAACGCCCGGAUCUUCCGCCGCUCCAUCAUCUUCGUUAGCUACGAGAAGCCCGUACCGGGAUCUUCCGCUGGGGAGUGCGACGCCUCCUGGCGCUUCCGCAACCGACUCGAGAAGUCCUGGCGCCGGUACAGGGACUACCGCCGCUUCCGCCUCGCCGUAGCUGACAACUGCAGCUACAAGGUCAUCGCCGCCGGGAAGUUCCACUCCGGUUCCAACGCCGCCCCCAAGCCCCUUUCUUCUCCCCGCAGGUCCUCUUCCCCUGCCCCGCCCGCCCAGAUCGCUGACGCCGAGAUCAAUGACACCAUCCCAACGCUCGGUUCCGAGUCGGAUUUCCGAAAGGGAAAGUAUCUCUACUACACGCGCGGCGGUGAUUACUGCAAGGGGAUGAAUCAAUACUUGUGGAGCUUCCUCUGCGGCCUCGGCGAGGCCCAGUUCUUGAAUCGAACGUUAGUGCUGGAUCUCAACAUUUGUCUGCCCGCAGCGUACAAUCCCAGUGGUCGGAAUGAGGAGGGCAAGGAUUUUAGAUACUACUUCGAUUUCGAGCACCUCAAAGAGUCAGCUUUUGUGGUGGAGGAGAGCGAAUUUCUGAGAGACUGGCACCGGUGGGAGAAGAAGGCCCCCGGUCGAAAGGGCGGAGGAAAGAUCACGGUCCGAAAGGUGCCCACCUACAGGGUCACUCCAAUGCAGCUCAAGAAGGACAAGAGCACCAUCAUCUGGAGGCAAUUCGAGGGGCGCGAGCCCGAGAAUUACUGGUACCGUGUCUGCGAGGGGCGUGCUGCUAAGUUCAUCCAGCGGCCAUGGCAUUCCAUAUGGAAAUCCAAGCGGCUGAUGAACAUUGUUUCGCAGAUCGCCGGAAGAAUGGACUGGGACUAUGAUGCUGUCCAUGUGAUCAGGGGAGAGAAGGCCAGGAACAAACAGCUUUGGCCCAAUCUCGACGCAGACACCUCUCCCGGGGCUCUUGUGCAGAAACUCACAAAGAUGAUUCAUGAAUGGCGAAACCUGUACAUUGCCACGAACGAGCCAUUCUAUAACUAUUUCGAUAAGCUGAGAUCGCACUACAAGGUGCAUUUGCUUGACGAUUUCAAGGACUUGUGGGGCAACACAAGCGAGUGGUAUAACGAGACAUUGUCUCUCAACAACGGGCGGCCUGUGGAGUUUGACGGCUACAUGAGGGUGGCAGUGGACACAGAGGUGCUGUAUAGGGCUAAGAAUCAAGUAGAGACCUUCAACAACCUGACAAGGGAUUGUAAGGAUGGUAUCAACACAUGCUAGCGCUUGCAAAGGAAUGAAUAGAGGCUCAGGAUGAUGCGGAUAUUACUCACGCUUGUGCAAGCCUAUCAGGUUCCAGUUGAAAAUUCUUACGCUGUCCAUUAUAUUUUGGUGUCUUAGAUAUUGAAAAUAUUCAAAUCUGUCUCAUUGUUGGUUAAUAGAUUUAUCGUUUUGAUAUUGUCGCA